AUGUGUGAAAAAUCACUACCAUAUGGAAAAGAUGGUUACGAUACUGAUGAUGAGGGAUGGAUAACAUCUCCCAUUAAAAUUGAACAAACUACCUCCAAUGAAUCGAAUAAAAAAAUGUUAGUUCUUAAUCAGAUUAGUAGUCAAAGUGAAAAAGAUUCAAGGAAUAUAAAAGGCAAAAGCAAUUUGCAAGAAAUGAAAAGUAAAAAAGGCUCAAAGAAUAUAAAAGACAAAAGUAAUUCGCAAGAAAUGGAAAAAAUUAUUUUCGAAAUACUUCUAGAGGUCGUUCCAGAAAUGCUUCCAGAGAUCAUUUCCGAAAUGCUUCUAGAGAUUAUUUCCAAAGUACUUCCAGAGGUCGAGAUCAUUCUCGAAAUGCUUCUAGAGGUCAUUCCUGAAAUGCUUCUAGAGAUCAUUCCCGAAAUACUUCCAGAGGUCAAGGUCAUUCCCGAAAUGCUUCUAGAGAUCAUUCCCGAAGUACUUCCAGAGAUCAUUCCCGAAAUGCUUCCAGAGAUUAUUCUCGAAGUACUUCUAGAGGUUCCCAAAAAUUAUUCAAGUUCUUCAUUUUCAUCUCAACUAUCCUCAAGCCCUGAGCCAAAUGUAUAUCUUAAAUAUGAGGAUAUGGAUAAAAGUUUAAGAAAUGCACUUCAGUUAUUGGAUCUUAAUAAAACCUAUCAACAGCAACAAACCUUUGUAGAUUAUACAGUAAUUCCUUUGGUAUCAAAAACAAUAAACAAAAGAGUGUUUCUAGUAGUCGAUGGAGUUAUCAAACAUAUAAUAUACGAACAGCACCGACACCAACAUGAAGAAUACCUUAAUAAAAAAAAGGGUGCAAAGUGGGUCGAUGCUAAAGCAAGAAAAAAACAUUCCAAUUCCAGGCUUAUUGAA